CUCGGACAUCGAACGAUACAGAACCGCUCGAUCUUAUCUCGAAACAUAUCUAGACGUAAACAUGGCUCCAGUUAAUGAAAAAGUGUUAAAUGACGAGGAAUACGUUCCUGCGAAGAAAGCCCUGCCUGAAUUGAACUCGGAUAAUGUAAAUGGCAAUGGAAAUAAGGCCAGCUCAUAUUCGUACGAGACCCUGGUGGAAACCGCCAACUUCCUUCUAUCCAGAACCUCUGUUCGGCCUCACAUCGGUAUCAUCUGCGGGUCAGGGUUGGGUGCGUAUUGGAAAGAGGGCUCAUUAGCAGAACACAUAGAAGACCCAGACAGUGUAGACUAUGAAGAAAUUCCCAACUUCCCCGUGAGUACGGUGGAGGGACAUCACGGCAGACUGGUGUUCGGCAAGAUAUCGGGCGUCCCAGUGGUCGCCAUGCAAGGCAGAUUCCACUAUUAUGAAGGCUACCCACUUUGGAUGUGCUGUCUACCGAUUCGCGUGAUGAAGCUCCUGGGAGUAAAAACGUUGAUCGCUACCAAUGCAGCUGGUGGUCUCAACCCUAACUACAAAAUCGGAGACCUCAUGAUUGUGAAGGACCACAUCAACAUGAUGGGCUUCGCUGGAAACAAUCCCCUCCACGGACCCAACGACGAGAGAUUUGGACCUCGCUUCCCUCCGAUGAACAAGGCGUACAAUUUGGAAUAUAGGAAAAUAGCUAAAGAAGUAGCGAAGGAACUGAACAUAGAAAACAUCGUACGCGAAGGCGUAUACACCUGCCUCGGAGGCCCUAACUUCGAAACUGUAGCAGAAUUGAAGAUGUUGCAAAUGGUGGGAGUCGACACAGUCGGCAUGUCGACAGUACAUGAGGUUAUCAUCGCCCGCCACUGCGACAUGAAAGUAUUCGGUCUGUCGCUGGUGACCAACGAGUGCGUGACGUGCGAGGACGCAACAGACGAAGCGAACCACGAUGAGGUGCUCGACGUCGGCCGCAUGCGGCAGGACAUCCUACGCAAAUACGUCUCCAAACUUGUUCAGAGAUUCGCCGCGGUAGAUGGCUUAAAUUGAGUCUCAUCUUACUUCAACAAUUGAAAUAUCUGGUCAGCGGUGAAGGAACUGACCAAACGGCGAUAAUUUCCAAACUUGGAAACGCCGCCUCAGUUGAUUAAACGUAGUUCCUCAUUAAUGCUUCGAAUAUCAGUAGGUAUAACAAAAAAUGUCUAUGGCCAACCACCGUAUAGCAGUUGCUAAUAUACGAAAAAUACUCUUAUAAGAUCUAGGUACACUACCUUUGUAUGUCGCGGCCCUGCCAUCCUCGAUCUCCUAGAUCCAUCUGAAGUAACGCUUAAGAUUAAGCACUCUCAAUCUGGCUGUGAAUGUUAGCAAAAUGGUUAGAAGAAACCUGCGGUACAAAACAUGACAAACUGUUCACUGUUUCUUGGUAAAACCUCGAAAUUCAUAAUAAUUUUAUAAUUUUAUAUCAUCAGUAAUUUAUCCCAAAUACAGGAUGUAAUUUUAGUCACUAUCCAUACUCUGCUUAGUGACUUUAGAGGUCACACUGCAUGAACAGCUUUUAUUAUAAAGUCCCAAUAGUCUAAUAAAACAGGGCCUUCUCUUCCCAGAGAGUUUAUAUAGCGCUAUUGCAUAUUAUUAUAUAGCGCUGUCGCAUACUGACGUAGGUUUGUGUCAGUCACGUGGUCGGAAGAGAGUACCAGGCGGAGUACAUUAUUAUACCAUGGCUGUCCCUUAGAAAUCAGCGGGAUCACAUGAGCCGGAGCCCGAAAUAAAAAAUCUAUAUGAAAAAAAGCCAAUUUUUUUGCGCGAUUUCGAUAUUGGUCCCAUAAUAAAAGUCGCUCAGUAUAAUAUAUUGUCACUACUCAAAUUUCAACCAUUAGGUACAUGGAAUACACCUAAGGUGUAACUUUCAGAUCAUAACUGGUGUUAACUCAACGUGACUUCUACACGUGAGGCAUUGCUUUCUGUAUGCACCAUCCAAUUGUCUUGUUAUCAGAUUGGGUCGUUCGGGUCAAAGCAACAUGUUGUGAACCGAUAAUUCUCAUGUGACACUAGGCGAUUACCUGGUCUUGCCAUGAUGAAGUUACAUAGUAAAAAUAUGGGUGUUGCCAACUUAUUCAAAAAUAUGUCCCAUAGUUCUUAAUCCGCUGACAUAAGAGCUAUGGGACAUAUUAUUGAGAUGAUUUGUGCACCCAUAUUUAUACAGUUGACUGUACCUAAUUAAAUAUUGAGUCGUAUACAUAAAUUUAAUGAUAAAAACUCGAAGAUCGAUGUUUUUAAUAUUUAAGUAUAUCGACAGAUUUAAAAUUAUAAUUUUGAAAGUGAAUUUAAAUGCAUUUUUAGAUUAUAUACAUUUUUUGAAUAAUUUAAAAAUGUGUUCUUGUUUAUGAUCGUGAUUGUGGGGCAAAAAAUAAUUUAUAAAGUUAAAUUGAAGCAGUUGUGUUUACGUUUACUCUAUUAUUAAAAUAAUGCAAACAAACAAAACCAUGUGACUUGAUCGUUCAAUGAGGUACCUACAUUUUUGUAAAUAUACGAUACUGAUUUGAUUGAUUUGCCAAUCGACCUAGUCGCGGGGUUUCGUAUGUUUACAUUUUUAAAGGUCCCAAUGGACUAUAUAGCAGCAGUUUCUGUUAGUUAGGCCUAUUAAAACUCUUAAGAAUAUAAUUUAGACAGAUAGUAUAAGUAAAUAAAUUAUUAGGAUUAAGCAUAUAAGCAGAUAUUUAUUGUAAAUUUUAUAUAUGUCUUGAAUGAUAUAAAUAAAUAUUUUAAGAUUGUACCUAUAUUCUUGGCUGUAUUUUACCCAGUUAAAAUAGCAAUUACGUACAAAAUGACUAUAUGAAAAAAUGGGUUGUAUGGGUUAAUUAGUAAUUAUGCUGAAAAAUCAAUAACAUUUCAAACACAGUACAAAUAUUUUAGAACAUUUAUAUUGUACUGCAUUUUAAACAGUUUUUGGCGUAAGUAUUAACUUCACUUUACUUGUUAAUAUAGGAUUAACGUGAGACCUUUACUGUAUUUUAAUCAGUAGUCUCAAAAUUCACAGCCGACAACUUUAUUACUGCAGUUUAGUUAGUUUUACCUCAAUAAUUUACUAAAUUCUUCUGAUUUACUGUACAUGGAUUGCUCGAGUUUUAUAUGUUCCCAUUAUCAUAAUCGCACGUGGACUAUAUACAUGUGUGCGUCUUGACAUGGUGGUCCAAGAUCAAGAAAAAACAAAAAAUCGCAAAAGUAGCACUUACUGUUGUUUAAGUCAUGCACGGCAGAAUUGGUAGUGUAAGGUUGACGCUCACCUAUCACCGACGCGUCAACUAAGGUUUUAAAAUAUUUUAAUAUUCUAAGAAUUCGUAUUAUGUAUUGCAAGUGAUGCGAAGUGGGCUAUUAAAAGCAAACUAAAUAGAUGGAUAAGCGAAUUAAAUAGAUGGAUGGGUCUGUAAAAAUUUUCUUGUGAUUCAAGUGUCAAGAUUUAUGCAUUUAAAUAGUUACUUAUUUUCUUCUUUGAUUAUAAUAUUAUUUGUAGCUAAAAUAGAGCAAUUUAUUAUUUUCUAAUAAAACUAUCUUUAAUUAU